AUGUACUACUUGCUUGACGUUCUGACAGGAGAAGCAAGAGAAUCACUCAAACAAUUCGAAGUUAGCGGAAGAACAUACGCGCUGGCAGUAGAACAUCACAAGAAAAAGUACGGAAACAAACAACUUCUUGUGGGAGAACUUGUUGAUCGGCUAGGAGAAUGCCGAGCCAGAACAGAGAGGUUAGAAGACCAGCGACGACGACUGUACGAAAAGACUUCGCCGAUCGUGAUUCAGACGGAAAUUCAAGGAGAGGUCACUGAUAGCUCAAAGCUUCAAAGACUGAUCCUGUCAAAAUUCGCAGAACCGGUACAAAGACAUGCGUUACGGAAGAAGCAAGAAAUCAAGGAAGGAGAACAUGGAACACGAAGAUGCUCCUUCAAGUACUGUCCAACAAAAUUCACUCGGAAAUCGAAAUUCAUCGCCACAUUCGAAGUGACGAAAAACGUCCGCGGAUGA